AUGAAGAGCAAGGUAGUGCAAAGCGACAAGCACCUCGUGGGAGUCACUUUCUUCGGUACCAAGAAGACGUCCGACAUCGAAGCUCUGGCGAAAGGAGAGGUGAGCUUCGAAAACAAGUACGGGUCGAUCGGUGCAGGCGAUCCGUGCCCCUUGAAAAGCGGACUGUGGUCAUGCCAGACGGAGUUCAACACCAUCAAGCAGCCGCUAGAUCACAAGCGCAUCUUCCUCUUCACAAACGACGACGACCCGUUGAGGGGAGACGCAGAAGAGACCAAGAAAGUUCACAUGAUCGCGCAGGAUGCAGUGAAUGCGUCUAUCGAGAUACAGCUGUUCCACAUCAAGAGGAAAGGGGCGCCGUUCAACCCAGAUACCUUCUACCGUGCGAUCGUCACCGGCGAUGGGGAUGACUACAAUGAGCAGUCCCUUGGCGACGGGGCCGAAUCGACGAAUGAACUGGUGGACAAGGUUCGCCGCAAGGAGUUCAAGAAGAGAAGGCUGGCCCGAAUGCCUUUCUACCUUCGAGAGGGGCCAGAGGGGACCGGGGUGUCCUUCGACGUGCAGGUGUUCAACAUGGUCCACCCUGCGAAGAGGCCUACUCCCAUCCACCUCGAUGCUAGGACGAACAAGCCGGUUCAGAUCAUCAGCAAGUUGAUGGACGACAAGACCGGGGCGCAGUUGGACGCCCACGAGGUCCGCACCUACCUAGAAUUCGCGGGCGAGAGGGCCUACAUCUCGAAAGACGAGAUGGGGACUCUGAAAGGCCUGUACCCCAAGGGACUGACUCUGCUGGGCUUCCGACCAAACAAUACCCUGCGGCCAGACUUCAACAUCCGCAGCCCGUACUUCCUCUACCCAGAUGAAGAGAGCACCACGGGCUCUGCGAAGGCGUUCAUCGCUCUGCACGCCGCCAUGGUCGACAAGAGGGUCUACGCCUUGGCAAGGUUCACAAGAGCUGCUGGAGCAGCACCCAGGAUGGUGGCUUUGCGGCCUCAGGAGGAAGUAGUCGAAGACGGCGAACAGCUGCAGCCUGGCGGGUUCAACACCGUGGUGCUCCCCUUCGCAGACGAAGUUCGGGAAGCGAAAGCACCACAGACCUCCGACGGCGAUGUGAAGGCGGAAGUGAACGAGGGCGGAGUGUCGGCUGCAGAGGGCGUGGUGAAAGCCUUAAAACUCGAAAGCUUCGACUUCCGCAAGUUCGAGAAUCCGGUUCUCCAGAGGCAUUAUGCCGCGCUGCAGGCUCUUGCUCUUUCCGAGGAGGAAAUCUCAUGGGACCCGGAAAAGGACGACAGGACGCGGCCUGACGAGAAGGGAUUGGACGCCGCGGGUGGUCCUGUCUUGGAAGAGUUCAAGGUCUCGUACGGAGGGGACCAAGAAGAUGACGUGCCCGCUGCUGGCGCCAAGAGGUCGGCGGGAGGAUCGGGGGAAGGCAGUGGUGCGAAGAGGGCCAAGACGGAGGACGACGCGAGCAAGAUCAACUGGCAAGAGGAGCUCGCCAAGGGACAGAUCGAUCGGUUCACGGUGCCCACUCUCAAGUCGUUCCUCAAGACUCGAGGGAUGUCCGCGACAGGGAAGAAAGGAGAUUUGGUUGCCCGCGUCCAGCAGGCUCUACAAACGACAGCAUAGGGUGCGGCUGUACACGGCAUGCGCUGCUCUACGUUAGAGGCAAGCGUUCUCUGCGGCCCAGGUUGCUUGACUCGGCGGUUGCGCUGUGAAAUGUGACAUGUGCAUGGCGGAUGCUCGGUGUUCCUCGUUCUCGGUGGCCGGCGGGAUGUGUGCUAAUUACUUAGCCAGAGAGCCGGCACUUAACCCCUGAC